AUGGCAUGCAUUGAGUUGGGCCGAGGUGAGGUUGAUGGUGAUGGAGGGCGUCAGUCUCGGGUCUUGUGCUGGAGGUUGGAACUCUGGAACAAGCGGGAGAAGGAGCUACCAAGCGAAGCUACCAGGCGACGAAAGCUCGCCAGGCGAGGCAAGCGCGCGUUGCGACGGGUGCUCCUUCCUUCCUUCCUGCCUUCCUUGUAA